GAGCACGAGACGGCGCUGAUCGACGUCAUACGCUGCGGCCGCCACCCCUCUCGACAGCGGCGGAUGCCCGGGAGUCCAUUCGCCGGCCCCUUCUCCGCAGACGACAACUCGUUGACAAGAAAGAGGGAAAUAAUUUUGCAUUGUCAGUCCUGAAAGUAAUUAUCCAAAGCCGACUCAUGCAAGGCCAAAGUAACCAUUGCUGUAACAAGACAGCAUUCUCCCAAUCUACUCGCUGUCGGAGCACUCCCAACAGACGAUGACGAUCGGUACGACCUCCUUCAGGGGCGGGGGGUACAAACCACCUGCCUCCCAUCUUCUAGGCGUGGCAAGUCUUGUCCUUUUGUACCUCGGUUUGAGUGACAGUAGAAAGGCCAUUUUGAAAGGUGACGUAAUACUUGGUGGGCUCUUUCCUGUUCACCAGAAAGGUGUAAAGACCAGAUGCGGUGCCAUCAAUAAGGACAGAGGUGUCCAACGCGUGGAAUCUAUGCUGUAUGCCCUGGAGAAGAUCAACAAUGAUACAAGCCUCCUGAAAGACAUUAAGUUAGGAGCAAUCAUACUGGAUACAUGUUCCAGCGACAGUUACGCUUUGAACCAGUCUCUAGAAUUUAUUCGAGCUUCGAUCAAUACAGUCGAUGCAACAGCUUUUGAAUGUGCUGAUGGAUCACCACCUACCAUCAAGUUUUCAACUAAAGCAAUAACAGGAGUCGUUGGCGGAUCGUAUAGCGAAGUCUCACUUCAAGUAGCCAAUCUUCUUAGAUUAUUCAGGAUUCCACAGAUAUCCUAUGCUUCCACUGGUACUUCUCUGAGUGAUAAAACUAGAUAUGACUUCUUCGCCCGCACUGUACCGUCGGACACAUUCCAAGCUGUGGCUUUAGUUGAUUUGGUUCAGCGUUUUAAUUGGUCAUAUGUAUCUUUGGUGUCAUCUGAAGGUCAGUAUGGCGAUUCAGGUAUGACUGCUUUCCAAAGAGAAGCCCGUAGUCGCAAUAUCUGCAUCGCCGUGUCUGAGAAAGUGCCCCACUCUGCGACGGAGGAGGUCUUUGACUCCAUCUAUCAGAACCUGCUGCAGAAGAUCAGCGCCCGCGGCGUGGUUCUCUUCACCAGGGCAGAAGAUGCCGCUGGCAUGUUGAGGGCAGCUAUGAGAUCCAACAACCAUAUAUUUACAUGGGUCGCCAGUGAUGGAUGGGGCAAACAAGAGAAGCUGGUAGAAGGCCUUGAAAGGGCUGCAGAGGGUGCGAUAACAGUAGAAUUACAAUCUACAGAAAUUACAGAAUUUAAUGAUUAUAUGAAAAACCUUAUACCUACGACAAAUAAGAGAAAUCCAUGGUUCGAAGAAUAUUGGGAAAGCGUGUUUGCUUGUAAACUACCGCAAAAUGUGAAACCGAAUUCUAGUGUGCCUGUGUGCUCGCCAAAUCUUAGACUGGACGAAAGUGUAGGCUACAGGCAAGAAUCCAAAGUACAGUUCGUGGUAGAUGCUGUGUAUGCUUUCGCUCAUGCGCUGGACAAAGUGUGGCGCGAACUGUGUGAGCCAAAAGGUGAAAGUUACUGCAAUGAAAUGAGGACAGUAGAUGGUGGGAAAUUCUACCUCGACUAUAUUCUCAAUGUUUCAUUUACAGAUCCAGGAGGUAAUGAAGUGAAAUUCGACAGGCAAGGAGACGGCCUAGGACGCUACACAAUUUACAAUUACCAGCGAGAUGACAAUACUAGCUCUCAUUACUACAAAGUGGUCGGCAAAUGGUACGAUGGUCUCCACAUGGAUCUUGAUGACGUCAAAUGGCCAUUAGGUAGCCUCACUUCAUCCGUUUGUUCCUUGCCAUGCGAAGUGGGCGAAGUGAAAAUAACCCAAUCGGGUGACGUUUGCUGUUGGAUCUGCCAUCGCUGUGAGCCUUGGGAAUAUGUGGUGGACGAGUUUACUUGCAGGGACUGCGGACAUGGCCGCUGGCCGUAUCCCCACAAACAGAGUUGCUAUGAUUUGGAUCAGCAACACAUGCGUUGGGACUCGCUGUUUGCCAUCGUGCCAAUGGUCAUUGCGACCUUCGGGGUGCUACUAACCUUCUGGGUAAUGGUGGUGUUCUUCCGCAACAAUGACACCCCUAUUGUUAAAGCGGCUGGCCGCGAGCUCAGUUAUAUGCUGCUUAUGGGGAUCAUGUUCUGUUAUUUUAUGACCUUCGUGAUGCUGGCAAAGCCGACUCCCGUUAUUUGUGGCUUGCAGCGGUUCGGGAUCGGGUUCUCCUUCGCCAUCAUUUACGCCUCGUUGCUCACCAAGACCAACCGGAUAUCACGAAUCUUUGAGAGUGCCAGACGUUCAGCCCGUCGGCCAAGUUUCAUCAGUCCCAAAUCGCAACUGGCCAUCGCUUCCGUGCUCACAUCCGUCCAAGUGAUAGGAACAGCGGUCUGGUUUCUGUUGGAGCCACCAGGGAUCCGGCAAUAUUACCCGGACGGUAAACGAAACCAGGUGAUCCUUAAGUGCAGCAUACGAGACUCUUCAUUCCUUCUUUCGCUCAUCUAUAAUAUGAUAUUGAUUACCGUAUGCACGGUGUAUGCUGUCAAGACAAGAAAAAUACCGGAGAAUUUUAACGAAUCAAAGUUUAUUGGAUUCACUAUGUACACGACGUGCAUUAUCUGGCUCGCUUUUGUGCCGAUUUACUUCGGGACAGGAAAUUCUUUUGAGGUGCAGAUAACAACACUGUGCGUCUCUACGUCCCUGAGUGCAUACGUAGCCCUGUUCUGUCUCUUCUCACCUAAAGUAUAUAUUAUCAUCUUCCACCCGGACAAAAACGUGCGAAAGCUUACCAUGAACAGCGCCACCUACAAAAGGGCACCAACUAGCAGUACAUGUGGCACUUCCGUUAAUCAAGGCAAUGGCAAAGGAACUACAGUUGAGCAAGUGAAGUUGAGCGUCCAGAUGACUCCAUCAAGGGAACAGACAACUGAAACUGACAAGGAUAGUCUGGCUUCUCUGUGAUGAUCAAAGUUCUAACUAAAAAAAAAAAACCAAUUUCGUUUCUAACUUUUUGUGCGUUAUACAAACUGAAAAUAAAUCACUUUUUUUGCCAAGAUAUAUUAUUUCUAAGUAGAAACACUCAAGAUUUACGCACUCAAUUCUCUCUUAAAAUGUACAUACUGUACUUAAUCUAAUGAAAAGUAUUAUCUUCAAACUUUGAGUUACGGUCACAUGGCGUCAAAAGUUCUGCAAUGAUUCACAAAACAAUUGCAUGUAAAGAAUAUUACAGUACAGCAUAUUUGAAAGCUAAAAUUUUUUAAUGUAAUAUAAUGUGUAAGACAGCAAGGAUGCUUUGAAAGAAAUGACUUGUAAAUAUCAAUUUUAUGGCAAGGAGAUGAAUUGUGAAUUUUACGAUACUGUAAAUAGCAACAGAAUAUUGUAUCUGUGCUUCAUAGUUUUGAAAUUUUAAAGUGACUUUCUUCAUCAAAAGUGUUAUUUUACUACAACUGGAAAAAAAAAAAGGUAAAACUGCCACUGCAGAGGCAAGGCCAAGCAUAUCAUUUAGACUUUCUUAAAGCAGCCACUGAAGUCUUCAUAAAAGUUGUGCAACAAGUUGAGCAAAGAGCGAACAAAAAAAAAAAAAAAAAAAAAAAAGUUUUGUGAAAUAUAAUCAAGAAUGUGUUCUAACUCUAAUUUCGAUAUAAUUCUCGGGCUUCCCUAACCAACAAAGACCGUUAACGUUGUAUUUUGUGUUGUCACUGUUUCAAAAAGUAGCUUAGUUUCCAAGUUCGAACAAUACGAGUACGUAUACAUAAGUAUAACAAAGUUUCUGUGUCGACGUAUCUAGGGAAAUAGGCCACUUGACGAAACAACAUAAUGAAGUUUCUCAAGUGUUUAGUUUUCCCGACUAUCAAGCCCAAUGUCAUAGAUUUAUGUCUCUAGGCAUGUAUGUUUAUUGUCAUGUGUUAAGUGAGAACUGUUGAUAGUGUAGGUGCAUACAACGUAUUGCAUGUUUAGCUGUUCGUUUAUGUUCCAAUGGCAAUAAUGUUAUAAAUGCUCGAGAGAGACGGUAUUUAGGUGUGCACAAAAUAAUUCUUCCACAUUGUCACUUAACUAAUAGAUUUCACUUAAACAUUAAUUUGCUAAGUUAUAGCUUUCUUAACCAGAAAAGUAAUGUUUAACAAGUAACUGAUUAAAAGCACAAAAUAGUACUAGUUCGUAAUCAUCCUGUUGUGGAAAUAUUUUUCGUCAUAAUUCUUUAAACGAAAAAAACAAAAAACAAAAAAAAACGCACAUUGCUUGAUUGAUUAUUUUAAUAUAAAUUGCAUAACCUUUAGACAAUAGUCACAUUUUAUCUUCAAAUAUAUACAAUUUUAAUUAAUAUUAGAGUUAUAAAAAAACUUGGGUUUAUUUUUAAUUUUAAUUUAUUUAUGACUAUUUAAUUAAUUAAAAAUACUGCUUAAAUUUAGAAAUAAAUUAAUUUAAUUAUUUUAUAAUACUUUAUUUAAUUGAUUACCUAAAUUUACAAAUUAAUUUAAUUUAUCUCUAUGAUAAUUAUAUUUCGUUUAAGGUCGUCAAUUAAUAAUUCAUAGCCAUUAUUAUAAGAUAUUAAUCUGUGCGAAUGAUUAAUUUGCUCCUUUUGAAUUUAUAAAAUCAUAAACGAAAACGCUUGAUUUUACAAAUACACCUAUACAUCUGAGGAUUAUAGAAAGAAAAAUAACUAGUGAUUUUAGCUUAAAUGCUUGUAACCGUAAAACAAAUUUCGAUUUAAAAUUGUUAUUUAAUUUGACUAAUAUUUAAAAUAAAUAUUAUAUUAUUUUGCAUUAAAAUCUUAGAAACUUUUUGUUUAUAUUCGCUAUAUUUUUUAAUUUAAUUACUUUUCCUUAUACAUCUUAGUUUUAUUUAAUUUUAAAGGGAGAGAAACAUUGAUUUAGAUGUUUUAUACUUUUUAAUUUCACAAUUAAUUUCUCAACUGUGAAACUUUUAAAUCAUGUUAAAAUCGUCGAUUUGCUGUUCUUAGUAAAUCUACAAAAAGCAAUGUCGUUUGAUUUUUUGGAUAAAAAACUUUUGUUCCAAAUCUAAAUAUUGCAUUUAUGUUAAAUUUCGUAAAAUUUGAAUAAUUCCUUUUCACCAUAAAUUCUUUAGAAUUUUGGCCUCUUUUAUCCUGGGGGUGGGGUUGUUUGUUUAGAGCAUUUAAUGCAAAAUUUCUUAUAUGUUAUUAAUAAAUAAAAAAAAGCAUUUCUAUUAACAAAAAACAUUUGUGCACAUCUUAAUACAUUACAUACCAAACUGCUGAAUUUACUUUGAAACUAGAUGUAGGCUAUGAAUUUAAAAUUCAUUUUCUACGGAAUUCAGUCCUGAGAGGCAAGAAGAAAAUUAUGUUUAUUUUUAUUUAAAUUGUAAUUAUAGGUUUUAAUUUGAAAUUUUCUUACAAAACUCUACACAGUACUUACUAAUAGUACCUCUUGCAGACGGCCAUUUGUAAAUAAAAUGGGGCUCAUUUACUGAUGGUUUCCAACAAGAGGUGCAAAACUUUAUUUUCCUUAUAUCAGUAUGUGCUUUAAUCAACAGAUGGCGCCACUAGCACAGUACUGAAUUCACCGUCACUGCAAGCCAUUCACCGUUCUUCCAUGCUUUGUGUAGAUGGCAAAACUUACGCGUUUGUUAAAGAAUUCUAGAAUUCAGUUAGUUAUAAAACGAGCGUCCAGUCUUUAUUUGUUCUAGAGAGGCAUUAGUUAAUUAUUGUAUAUAGAAUUAUAUUACUUAAACAAAUGUGUACAUGAUUUGUACAGAUGUUAAUCCAUUUGCUGUUGUUUUGUUAUGCACAGGAGUAAAAUGUAGUGUUUAUUCGUAAAUCACCAAUAGAAGAAAGAAAUCUCAGUCGUAUUUAUUUAUUCUAACUGAUUUGCUCAGAUUGUUAAUAAUGUUAAUUAUACUUUACAUUAUUUCCCAAACUAGAUCCAGCUGAGUAGAAUAGCUGCUAUGGUGUUUUAAACCCCAUCUAUUUUUAAAUUUAUUUUUUAAAGCAAAAAAAAUCAGUUGUGUAUUUUUAUUUAUGCUUUAAAUAAAAAUGUAGGCGAAUUCUUUGCUUGAAUGAAUGAAUAAAUAAAUAAAAAUGUU